UCAUGGGGCCCCCGGGCAAUAGGGGAUCAUGGGGCCCCUGUGUCCUUGCCCAAACUCAAAAAAGCCUAUGAAAAAGGUACCAGGGGCAUCUCAUGGGGCCCCCUACUGACCCCGGGCCCUCGGGCAGUGCCCGAGUUUCCAAAUGGUCAGUCCGCUCCUGGUCUCAUCAUAUUAGUUCACAUUACAUUACAAAAUGCUUCAUUUCAACUGAUGCACAUAGAGCUCUGGACGGGUGUCAUAUUGUAUAAAAUUGGUUGAUAUAGCUCUUCAAGGGCAUUGAAGAUGAAACGUGGCUGGAUCUUCCAACAUGACAAUGAUCCCAAA